AUGAGUAAUAAUAAUAAUAACAAUAAUAAUAAUCAAUAUUUAUCUUCAUUGGUACCAAACUAUUAUCAGGAGCAACAACAACAUCAACCCCAACAACAACAACAACAACCUCCUCCACCAUACCAACUACAUCCACCACAACAACCCCAACAACCUCAACAACAACAUGUAGCAGGAGGGUAUUACUUUCCACCUCAACAACAAGUACUUAGUUCGAAUACAAUGAACUUUUUACAAUACAGUUAUCCUCAUCAAAACUAUUAUCAACAAUAUCAAAAUCAAUACUCUCAGCAACAACAACAACCUCAACCACCUGUUAAUACUCCAUCUGCACCAUUUAUUUAUCAAUACCAACAACAACAACAACAACAAACAAAUAAUCAAUCUCAACCAGCACCUCCACCAAAAUAUACACCAACCAAUACAAAUACUAAUAAUAAUAAUAACAAUAAUAAUCAACCAACACCUCCACCAAAAUAUACACCAACGAGAAAGAGAAAUAAUAAUAAUAAUAAUAAUAAUAAUAAUAAUAAUAAUAAUGGAUCAUUGUCAAGACAAUCAUCACCAGUUUAUAAUUAUGGUACUACAAACAAUAAUGGACAGAAUGGUGGUGGAAUUGGAAAUAGUUUAAAUAAUGGAGUCAAACCAUACAUUGAAAUGAUUAAACAAUAUAUUGAAAAGUUGGAUAUUGAUGAUGACAAGGAUUAUAGUGGUAGUGAAACUGAUUCUCCUCCUCCACCUCCUCCUCGCCAUCGUUCCUCCUCCUCUUCUAUUACAUCACCAACAAUUUCAUCAAGUUCAAAUUCAUCAAUGUCAUCAUCUCUAAGAUCAUCAACUGAAAGACAUCAACAAAUCUAUCAAAACUAUCAAAAGUAUAGUAAUGAUAUUGAUUUUCAAAAACAAUUUCCAAUAUCUCCAACAUCACCACCACCAGCCUAUCAAGAAUCAAUGAAUAAUCACAAAAAGAUAAAUGAUAACAACAAAAUUACCAAAGAAGGACUACUCUAUUACAAUGUAGUGAUUAUGGGAAAACAAAAAGGAACAGAUGACGAUCUGCGAUGGUUUAUUUUACGUGACCAUCUAUUGUUUAACCAUCUAUCAAAGGAUACUGAAGCGACCGAUGUCAUUGACCUAAAGACUCUUAUUGCCAAUAUCGAUAUUCGUCUAUUAGAUGGAUCGGACAGUUGUUUUAGAUAUGGAUUGAGAUUGAAAAGUCAAAACAAUUCAAUCUCUCAUUUCAUAUGGUCAGAUGAUCCAAAAAAUGCAAUCAUGUGGAUCGUAGCCCUAGGUCAUCAUACUCAAGAUUUUAAUCCAGACACUGAAAGUGAAAUGAUUAAUCAAAUCCUUGAAAUUAGUCAACCUGAAUCAAAACCAAAUAUUAUCUUAUUUAAUGAAGAAGAUAGAGAAGGACAAAUUCAACAAUUACAAUAUUAUGAAAAAAAGAAAAAAGAAGAAUUGGAAAAACAACAAAACUCACAACAACAACCUUCAUAUUCACCUCAACUUGAAUCACCAAGAGGAGGUAAUACUAUUAAUAAUAAUAAUAAUAGUUUAAAUAGUUCACCAAUUAGAAGAAAUUCAUCUUCAUCUUCAUUUUUUGAUGAAUUAUUUAAAUCACAAAGAAAAACAUUUAAAACAAUUUUACAAAAUGCAGACAAGAAAGAUUUUGUAAUUAAAAAUAUAGCAUUUAUAUUGAGUCAAAAGGAAUUUGAUAUUGGAGAAGUAUUUGAUCAAAAUAUAUAUACUAUUCACAAGGAAAUUGCACGUGUCACUGAAAAGACAAAAGAUAAAUCAACAUCAUCUUCCUUUAUAAAUGCAAUGUUGGACGAGGAACUUGCGCAUAUUAAAAAAUUAGUGAUUGAUUUGAUUUUGGAUUUUACAGAUUUGGUAUUGCAAAAAGUACCAGAUAUGAACAAGACAGAGGAUAGAGCAAUGUAUUGUAGACUUGGAGUUGAAAAGGCUGUAUUUAUUCAAAUCUAUCCAUUCCUAUUUGCAUUGUACAAACUGCGAUACCAAGCCGAUGAUUUGAAUCAUCAAAGCAAACAAGAACAAUUCCUUACACUUACACCCAUCCACUUGUCCAUUCCUCAAAAGUUUUGGUUGAUUGACGAAACAACCAUCGAAAAACAAGUGGUUCCCUAUUCAUCGGCAAUCGAUACUCUUAAAAAGCUAACAUCCCUAGUCUCACCAUCUGAAAAGAUUCAAUGCCUUGUAGAUACUUCUGAUCAAAUUUGUCAAUCUAUUCAAUCUUUUUGGAGUGAAAGAGAUCAUUUUAAACCUUCAAAUUUAGUCUUGGGAGCUGAUGAUUUAUUACCAUUAUUUACAUUUGUAAUUAUUAAAUCUAAAAUACCAACAAUGUAUAGUGAAUCCAUGUUUAUUCAAGAUUAUUUGGAUGAACAACAAAGUAGUAGAGUACAAGGUUACUUUUUGGUAACUUUCCAAACAUCUCUUAGUUUAAUUUGUGUUUGGCAAAUCAAUGAAUUACUUGCCAAUGCUUCCAAACUAUUUGAUCAAGUUAAAAUUACUUCUCCAACUAUACUUCCUCAACAAGAACAAACAAUUCAUCAAACUGAUAAAAAUGAUAAUAGUCUUGAUAAUAAUAAUAAUAAUAAUAAUGAAGAAGAGGAUGAUAAAGAACAAUCAAAAAUGAAUCAUUCCUCUUCCUCUACCUCUUCUACUACUUCUACUACUACAACUACAAAUAUGACGACUACAAAUAUGACGACUACAAAUAUGACAACUCAGCAACAACAAAUUAGAUUGGUAGAUGAUGAAAUUGAAAUGGAUCCAAAUACCGAUCAAAAACCAUCAUUUGCCUUUCCAUCACAACCAACUAGUCCAUCAUCUUCUUCAUGGUUUGAUGAGUUGAUGGAUGCCAACAAACUACCUCCACCAUCACCUGUAACUUCCCCAACCCCUUUAAACAUUGAUACUAGUUAUCCUGAUUUUGUUGAUUUUUAA